GUUUAAUGGCUGAAAGUAUAAGGCGUUGGCCGAGCCACAGAAGUCGUGACGAAGCGACAUACUGAGAUGCGUAUACGGGUAAAGCGGGCAGUAUAUAUUUUCAGUAGCGAAACACGCUUCGCUCAAGGCUUAGCUCUCCUGAGCUUCAGAUGCAAUACAAUCCUGGGAUGGCGACUGCCAGGGCGACAGCGGCUUUUACAGCGCCGCUCUUCGCGCUGCUGGCGCUGCUGGCUUGGCGCGGAGCUGAGGCAUAUCCGCGCUUCUGGUAUGAUCGAAACUAUCUGGUCGAUUUCGGCUAUGGACCGGAUAACGGCCUGGAUUGGUCGGUGUUCCCGGCCUUGACAUGCUCCAACUACCCCGACAAGGCCUACACCGGUUUCUUCCCCGCCCACGGCACGCCCACCCCAGACAGCUCCAUCGGGAUGACGUUUGCGCUGUCCGGUGGCGCGGCCGUCACCACCCUGUGCCCCGGCGCCACACAUACCAUGCAGCUGACGUUCCCCAUCCGGCGCCUGGCGCUGGUGACUACCGACCCGCCCAAUGUGGCCGCAUUCACCUCGCCCGCGCCGCCCACCCCCGACUGCCCCGGACGCCUGGACCUGGGUAACUCUGCCAACUCUGACGCCGCCACCUCCUUCACCACCUCCUUCACCGUGCCCUGCACCGCCAAGGGCACCUCUGUGGCUUUCCAUGUUGUCAGCGCCGGCACCUCCGGCUCCACGCGCCGCUGGGCCACCGCCCAGGCCACCAUGCCGGUGUCGGCCGAUGGCUCUGGCGUGUGCGCAGCCGUGUCAGCCGCCUGCGCGCCCGCCGUCGCCUCGCAGUCACCCCCAAGCCCCCUGCCGCCGUCGCCGCCGCCCAGCCCCCGGCCACCGUCGCCGUCGCCUCCAAGCCCCCUGCCGCCGUCGCCGCCGCCACCCAGCCCCCGGCCACCGUCGCCCUCACCAUCGCCUUCGCCGUCGCCCUCGCCUUCGCCGUCGCCGUCGCCUUCGCCGUCGCCGUCGCCGUCGCCGUCGCCGUCGCCGUCGCCCUCACCAUCGCCUUCACCUUCGCCCUCACCUUCGCCUUCGCCGUCCCCGUCGCCGUCGCCCUCACCAUCGCCUUCGCCUUCGCCGUCGCCGUCGCCGUCGCCGUCGCCUGCCCCCACGAGUUCAAAUGCGACCACGACCACCGGCGGCCCCGCCAGUGCGCCCUCGCCCUCGCCCGCCGGCGCUCCCCGCUGCACGCCCAGCCCCCUGGGUUACACCUGCAUGGCCGCAGCGGGCGGCGUGACCCUGCACUGGACCGUCAACACGCCCUCCGCCCCGCCCAACGCCUGCACCGGCACCGACAGCGCCGGCAAAACAGUGCUGGCGGCCGGCGACGUGGCCACUGACGGCACCCUCCACAUGGCCGUGCAGGCCGCAACCAGCGGCUACGUCGCCAUUGGCUUCGCUGCCAAAGCCGGCACCAUGGGUCCCUCCGACAUUGUUCUGGGCUGGGCGGGCUCGUCCGGCUCCUCCAUCCGAGCCUUCUAUGUCACGGGGCACGUGAUGGUCGACAGCAACGCCCUCAGCGGCACCCACGACUGGGCCUACGACAAGGGCGUCGUGGAGUCGAGUGGCGUGACCACCAUCUGCUUCAGCCGCCGCCUGCACGAGCCACGCGCCCUGGCCUCGCCCGACCUGCGCGCAGCGGGCGGACUCACAUCCGCGGGGACUAGCGUCCUCGGCCGCCGCCGCCUGGCACAAGCUCCGCUCCAGAUGGGCUUCAACUGGGCCACAUUCCCCCAGGACCGCCUGGCUCAGCACCCCUCCCGCGCCAUGGGCGGAUUCCAUUUGAACAUUGCGGCCGCCGCCCCUGGAGCCGUCGGGACGGGCGGCGCCGGUGGGGCUGGCGGUCCGGUCCCCGUGUCCGCAACGCCUGCGCCCUCGUCUGGGGAGUCUGAGAACGAGCACGAGGACGAGAAUGAGGACGAGCAUGAGCACUCUGAGGGUCACGUAGUGUCUCCAAAACCCUCGCCCUCCUCCAAGCCAUCGCCGUCGCCGAAACCCAAGCCCUCCCCCAAGCCUUCCCCUGCUCCCAAGACCUCGCCGGGUCCCAAGCCGCCCACCUCUGGCACCCGGCGCCCUGGCAGCCGUCGCCCGGGCAGCCGUCGCCCGGGCCACCGCUAAAUUUCCCACAAACCGCAGCAGAGCUUAUCACGACGUCUUGCAAUAGCUAUGAAGUUGUUUUAUGUCCAUGUCUUGAGUCGAGUGGACUGUGAUAUCGGGUUGCCUCGGCAGCUGCAGACACACGAGAAGUUUGGUGCGGGUGUGCGGGUGUGGGAGCGGGAUGUCGGUGUGCAAAUACACAUAUGUACACACACACAUACAUACAUGGCCAUGGCGGCGGCGGGGCAGUACGUACGGCACGUUGGGACCAUGCGUGGCGGAGGUUUGCCUAUGUCGGGUGUUUACGAGUGAGUGAUCAUCUAUCAGCAGGCAGUGGUGCGCAAUUUUGAGCGGUUGGAUGGGACAUCACGUGGGGGCAUACCGGUACUUCAUCAUUCAUAAGCAAAGAGCACCAUGCAUCAGUGGGCGCAGUGCAUUACUCAGCCGGCAUGACGGCAAUUACGCAUUGCGCAUUACGCAGCCAAUAAUCACCCUUUUGAUCGGCUGCCAACCAGUGUGCGCUGUGCCGGGCCGUGUAUGUACGGUAUGUGCCGUGCAUUGCAUGGUGUAUGAGGGGGCGUCCACGUACGUCCUCCCAGCUGGCGCAUUGGUGCCCGCCGCACGUGGCGCAGCCGCAUGCCAUCGCAAAGAUGCGCUGGAUGGGGCCAUGCAUGCAUGCAUACGCGCCAUCCACGAAUGAAUAAGCACGACGUGCAUCGGGUGCAGGUUGGUGCAUGAGCUUUACGGACAAGCCGGUGAUGGGUGGCGGAUGCUCGAUGUGGACUAUUACUGCAUCUCUCGCUUCUUGAAGGUGCUACAAGUGGCUAGUGUAUGUCGUAUUGGAGCCAAUUCAUGCGACAUGACAAAGGUAUACCACGGUGAGCUCAGGGAGCGUGUUGUUCAAGGUACAGGUGUUGGCGUGGCGUUGGCGCGGCGCGGCGCGGCGCGGUGUGGCGUGGGCACGUGGAUGGGCGGCUGGGCGCGUGGCUACAGCGGCCCCGUGGCCGAUUGACCCUUUGCACCGUGGCGCCUUGCGCGGCGCCAGACCCGUUCCAUCCCGGGUUGCGUGCCUAUCCCAAGUCUUGAUUGUAACUUGAUCCCUGA